AUGCUUAACAAUAGUCAUGAUGAGCAAGAAAUAUUGGAUCAUUUAUUAAAACUUUCUUAUACAAAAUUACAACAACAUUAUUAUGGUUUAAAUGGCCCUCCAUGUGAAUCAUCAUUACGAAAACGUUUAUUUAUAAGAAAUUUUAUACGAAGAUUAGAACAUGAACGAACGAAUAACUUUUUUAAUUUAACAACAGGUGAUUACGAUAAGACUACGUUAAUAGGUGACCAACAAGAUAUGGAACCGAUAACAUCAAGAACAGUAAAAUUAUCUUCGAAUAAUAAAAAUGAUGAACAUUCGAACUGGAUUAGUCAACAGUCAUGGCUCAAAUGGACAGUAUCAUCAUCCACAGAGAAUAUGUACAAUCAAGUUAAAAUUUUAGAUGAACAACCCCGACAAGAAAAAGAUGAUGUAGAAAAUAAUGACAAGAAUAUUGUGCAAAAAACAUUGCUACAUGUUUUGACCAGAUUAUGUGAGACAUAA